UCAUGUUAUUCCUCCACUGAGGUUGGCGCUGACAGGACGUAGCAUUCAGACACGCUCGGGAGUCAAAAUGACCUCCAAAAUGGUGAUCACGCAGCCUGGGCCCAUUAUGGUCCAGCAGCACUCAAACGAAUGGGGGAGUGGAAUAUGUGACUGUUGCAAUGACGUCCCCAUGUGUUGUUUCGCAUUCUGGUGCCUCCCCUGCUUUGCCUGUAUAACCACUAAAAAAUAUGGCGAGUGUCUCUGUCUCCCCCUGGUGGACAUCUUCCUAGGAGAGAUUGUCCCGCCCGUCGCCAUGACCAUGAGGAUGUCCAUGAGACAUCGCUACGGCAUCAGAGGAACCAUGGGUAAUGACUGCGUGUGCGCCACCUUCUGUAUGGCCUGUGUCUGGUGCCAGAUGGCCCGAGAGAUGAAGGAACGAGACAUUCCCAUUGUUCUGGUUAACACCUAUAAGAAGUCCUUUGCAUAAGACAUCUUUGGAAUUAUUAUCGUCUUUUUAUAAUAACACAGUGACUACAUAAAAAAGGGUGUUUUAUAGCUAUAACAGUCCAAACAUACAUUUGCAUAAAAUAUACAAAAAUAUGUAAAACAGGGCCCACAGCCUUUUAGUAGAAGUUAGCUUGAUUUUUAUUAUCUAUUUAUUGAAGUUAGCUAAUCUUCAGACGUUUGACUGCCCCCACUAAGCACUACAGUACCAUAAUUAUUGCUGCCCUCAUGUGGAAGUAAACGGUAAUGCAGGACACGAUGCACUAGCUUGUUCACUUUUGUCCAAAUCAUCCUUUUACAACUCAUAAUAGUUUAAAACAUAUUUUCCGACUGAUAAACAUUUUUAAAUAUCUGUAUUAAUGACUGUGUAACAUUUUAACAAUUAGCUUUUUUUUAAUUAUGAAAAUAAAAACUCAGGGAUGUUUCAUGUGUUGCUUUGCUGCUAAUAUAAUAUUUCAUACACCACUUGU